GGUGUUGUACCUCUGCGUCACAUGAUAAUUGAGUGUCCGUCGUCCUGCGCCCGUCUGGACGGGUGGAACCAGGUCAGCUGGAAGAAGAAAAUAAGGACGUCUUUAAAAACAUCAGAGCUUGUACUCCGUUGAGGGUCCACGGUGAACUGUUCAUCUCACAGGUCAGCCAGGCAGCAGUUCUCUCAAAAUGACAUCAACUUUUGAUCCUGAUGACAAGAACAGUUGGUACUUUGGCCCGAUGUCACGUCAGGAUGCCAACGACCUCCUGAUGUCAGAGAGUGAGGGUGGCAUUUUCCUGGUGCGUGACUCCACCAGCAUCCAAGGCGACUAUGUCCUCUGUGUCCGUGAGGACAGCAAGGUCUCACACUACAUCAUCAACAAAAUAGUUGAGGAUGACCAGACUGUGUUCCGGAUCGGCGACCAGAUGUUCUCCGACCUGCCCAGCCUGCUCAACUUCUAUAAGCUGCACUACCUGGACACGACGCCGCUGAUCCGACCAGCGCCGCGACGCGUUGAGAAGCUCGUCGCCAAAUACGAUUUCGACGGGCGGGACGACGAGGACUUGCCGUUCAAGAAGGGCGAGGUGCUGACCGUGGUGACGAAGGACGAGGAGCAGUGGUGGACGGCCAGGAACGCGCUCGGCCAGACGGGGUCCAUUCCCGUGCCGUACGUCCAGAAGCGCUACUGCGACCAUCAUAUCUACCGCGACGAGCAGUACUACUGCGACGAUCACCACUGCUGCGACGAUCAGCACUGCGGCGGCCAUCAGACCUGCCGCGACAAUCAGCACAAUUACGACAGUCAAUACUAUUGCGACGAUCAGCGCUACUGCCACAGUCAGUACAACCGCGACAAUGAGCGCUACUACGACAGCUAG